AAAAUGAAGUUAUUAGAAUACUUUUAUCCUUUGCUUUACGGAAGUGCAUCUUCAAAUGAAAUUAGCAGCAUCAAGCAAUUAUGUUUUUCAUUGUUUGAAGAAUAUCAAGCUAAAAUCAAUGAAAUGGUUGAAGGUUCAACUGAAAAGUCCAAUGACAAUGAUUCAAAUAUUGAUGAUGUUCCUGGUAGCAAUUAUCUUAGUGGUUAUGACUCGUUUGUCAAUGAUACCAGUGAUAUACAAUCAAAGUCUGAGCUAGAUAACUACUUGGAAGAAAAGGUACUACCUAGAAGUGCUGCAUUUGAUAUCCUAGGAUGGUGGAAAACAAAUGGAAUUAAGUAUCCCACAUUGCAAAAACUUGCUAAGGAUAUUUUGGCCAUCCCAGUUUCAACUGUUGCUUCAGAAUCUGCUUUUAGCACAAGCGGUAGGUUGUUGUGCCCUCAUCGUUCUAGGCUUCAUGAGGAUACUUUGGAGGCGCUUAUGUGUGCACAAAGUUGGAUGAAGCAGGAAAAGAAAGCUUCUAUUGGUAUAGUUGGACCAAUGCAAUAUUUAGAAGUGAAAGACAAGCGCUUGCAAACUUUUCAAGACUCUGAUUCCGAAGAUGAGGAUAUGGAGGACAUAGGCUCAGGAGCUACAAAUUGAUGAUUUAAAUUUAUUUGUUUUUUUAUUUUAGUAUGCACUUUUUUUAUGUAUUUUGAAUGUUUUUAUUUAUUUUCGAGGGAUAUUUUGGAUGUUUUUUAUUUGGC